AUGUGGGCGAUGCAUAGAUUGUACGGGCCUUUGUUGUUCUUCGCUGCAGCGCUAGGACCACAGCCAACAUGGCAGCUUUCUCUGCCCAGCGAUCCCACAUAUUACGCCGGCGUUGUUGAGUUCAUGGCAAGCGAGAACGAAGGAUCCGCCAAAGCGAGUGACAGUUAUAGUCGUAUGAAAGCCGUAAUUGAAUCGAAUAGCACACGCGAUUUAGACAUCUUAAUCUUUCCCGAGUACGUACUGAACGAUGGUUCCUUCCGCACCUAUGUGCCUGAUCCGGCACUAAAUAUUGCACCAUGUGAAAUACCAAAUUCGGAGUUUUUUCUUACUGAACUUUCGUGCCUCGCACGUUCACGUCAAAUCUAUUUGGUCGUCAAUGUAAUCGAGAAAUUCUUUUGUGGUAAUGACACCAGCGUGGUUGGCCGCUGUGAAACAAGUGGCCUCAAUACAUACAACACGAAUGUGGUGUUCGACCGACAGGGGCGUGUAAUAUCGCGUUAUCGCAAAACUCAUCUAUAUCGUUCCGAAUAUUAUGGUGAAAAUACGUUGCCGCAGCCGCAAAUUGCUACAUUCACCACAGAUUUUGGGGUGACCUUCGGUCAUUUCAUUUGCUUCGAUAUGCUUUAUUGGGCACCGGCAGCGGUGUUGGUGAAGGAACUUGGUAUUACAGAUAUUAUCUACCCGACCUAUUGGUACGAUGAGUUGCCUUUCCUCACCGCCGUACAGCUGCAAGAAGGUUGGUCCUUUGCCAACGACAUCAACUUGCUUGCCGCAAAUGCCAAUCACCCGAGUGGAGAAAACAGUGGCUCGGGCAUUUAUGCUGGUCGUUUGGGCCGCCUUACGGCAGUCAUAAACGAAGAAUCCACCACCAUAUUGCUCACCGCUAGCGUACCCAAGCGCGCCUAUCUCGACAGCUACGUUGUGCCACCAGUAAUACAAGCCACUUUUGAGCCGCAAAUGCAAACACCACGUUUCACCAAACUCGCUCUGCAGCGCGACUAUAACGUGGAUAUUUUUACUACGGUGCUGCUAUCAGAGGACUUUACGACGACCAAUGAGACACUGUGCUACGAUAGUGAGUUCUGCUGUCAUUUCCAGGCGACUCGUACGGCAGUCGCAGGCAACUCGAGUGCUUACGAGGCCUAUCGUUACCGAUUGGCGGCUUACAGCGGCUCGCGCGCAACACAUCAACGCGUCGAUCCGGCAGCUUUGAAGGUUUGUGCUGUACUCGCGUGUACCAAUGACCAGUUGUACAGCUGUGGGCACAUCUUUCCCGCAAAUGUGUCGGUCGCUAAUAAAUACUAUUUUGACGUGUUGAAUGUGAGCGCGUCCUUUCCGCUUGCUACGCGGCGGGUAAUUAUGCCGACCAGUGUGGAUGGCACUAUGUUGCCGCUGCCGGUGCAUACGUACGAGUGGCAGGAAGUGGAGAGCACAAAUGCCACCGCCAUUUCGAUCAGUCUCACAUAUCCAAAGCUGGACAUACUAACCUUUGGAAUUUGGGGUAAUUAUUACACAGAAGUAGAAAGCAAUCAUAAUUUGGACCCUGUGUGGCAGCCAGCGCAAAGCAAGAAUUCUGGAGCUGCGUUUGUUGGUGACGUAGGACGCCUGUUAGCUCCACUCCUAUUGGCAGCUGUUAUCAAGCUGAUCUAAGUAAACAUAACGACCAAAAAAUUU